AGGACCGCCCAAAUCGCCAAAUUCCGUUAACCUUUCGGCUUCUAGAUCGGCUGUAGAUUUCAGAAGGCGAUGCGAUGCUUUGAUUUGAACGAGACUAUCAGAUACUUCAUUUCAAAACUCUCCAAGUCAUGCCUGACUCUAUAAACCCUUCUCAUUAUACGCCAGUUUCUGAAGGAAAUGAGUGGACUGCUGCUAGAGCCCCAAAUCAAUUGACGCUAUGUAUGACUGAUAGAGGAUGAUUCUGUUACCGAUCUGUGAGGGAAUUGAAGCGGCGAUGAGUCUUGCAGUCAUGAUCGCUUGCUUGUGUUUUUCUGCUUCCUGGAUCAACCUGUCAUAUUCCUCUCCUUCUCGCUUGCCGGUUGGAGCCCAUCCUAGAGACGAGAAGUACUAUGAAGCGGAGAUAAUCAAAUGCAAAGAUGGGUCGAAAUCCUUUACCAGAGACCGUCUCAAUGACAAUUUCUGCGAUUGUGUUGAUGGCUCUGAUGAGCCUGGAACUUCUGCAUGCCCUUCUGGCACAUUCUACUGCAGAACUAUGGGGAGUAAACCAAAAUUCUUGUUUUCAUCUCGUGUGAACGAUCAAUUUUGUGAUUGUUGCGAUGGAAGUGAUGAAUAUGAUGGAACUGUCAUGUGUCCCAACACUUGUGUAAUGGAUGGAGGCAUUUUAGAUGGGGAAAUAAAUUAUGAAGGGCUCAACACAAAAACUGGGGUUCGUAUGGAGAACCUAACACAGAAACUUAGAGGUUUGAAGACUAUGGUGUAUCUCCAGGUAACAGUUGUCAUUUUUGUUCUAGCCUGUGGACUAAAUUUCUGUUGCAAGACCAGGAAGAAAAUCAAGAUGAAGAGUUUGUUUUGUAAAAUACAUCAUUGGUAAUGGUAUGAUCAUGUCACAGCCUUUUCCAGUGAAUUACAUCGAUUUCUGUUGAAUAAUUGAUCUUCAACUGUCUGAGCUGCACCCACUCCCUUUUGUGCAGGUUUAUUUUCCUGUUAACUUUCUAAUCUCUAAUUUAAUCCCUUUAAGAGAA